UUAACAUGUUUUUUUGAGCAGAGUACCGUAUAUCAGUUUUAUAAGUACUUACAGUGCUUACCCACUAUGUCAAACAAAUCUGGAAGUGAUCGUGGGAGAAAGCGAAGAAAGAAUCAUGGGAAUGGAUUUGAAGAAUGGGGUGGUUACAUGGCCACAAAACUGUUGAAACUUGAGGGGCAGUGCAAACAGGAAGCUUGCUCUGAAAAUUCUGGUAUUUUUGCAGGCAUUGCCAUUUUUGUGAAUGGCUAUACUGAGCCAUCCGCUGAGGAGCUGAAGCGCAUCAUGCUGAGCAAUGGCGGCACAUUUCAUCACUAUUACUCAAGGCGACGAACAACACACAUUAUUGCUUCUAACCUUCCUCAUACCAAGGUGCGUAGACUCAACACUGACUUUAUUGUGAAAGCUUCUUGGAUUGUGGACUCGUUGGCAGCGGGGCGACUGUUGGACUACACUAAUUAUUUACUCUACACCAAGCAGAGCUCAGUGCAGCCAAAAAUAGCUUUCAGUAAAACGAAUGAGGCUACUGGGAGUCAUUCCAUAAUUAGCAAUACUAAAUCUUGUGUUAAUCUGGGCGAAGAUGACAUCAGAGUUCAAGUAAGAACUCAAGCAACAGAAAAAGAGAACGAGGAAAUUGAACAGAAUAUUGAUGGUUCUAGUAGACCUGAUGAUACUAAAUUAAUUGAUGCCAGAAUAAACUCAGAUUUAGUUAAUCAAAAUUCCGGUUUAUUUGAACUGCACGUCACAAAAAAUAAUAUUUCAAAUAGUAAUAAAAGUUCAACACUUAUUCAAACGUGCAGUGCAGGUGGAAUAUCAGAAGAGGAAUUUGCAAAUCAAUUAAGCUAUGCUGCUUCUGAUUCACCUACGUUAUCAAGAUCUUGCAACGGCACGAGUGAACUGAUGUCCAAUUCUGCCGGGGCAAAUGGAGCAUUCGUAUCUAAAAUCCCAGAUGUGGAGGAAGAAAGUUCUGACAAUUCAUACCAGGAGUGUGAACAUUCCUACAUUCAGGAGUUUUCUACUGGAGUCACUUCUCUUCCAGGGAAUCGCGGGGAAGCAAAUAUCAAAGAACAGAAUCCAGACUGUGUCUCAAGUCCUAUGGUUGUGGAAAAUGACAUUUCAGUGUCAAAUUAUACCAGUGAAGAAAAUCUGCUUUCUUCCGAACCGCCAAUGCCAAGUGGUUCAUCAGAACCAUUCAUCAACAUUGCACGGCCUCCACAGAGAAAUACUAGUAAUCGCGAGUAUGACCAUCCAUCAAAUACAAGUAAUCCAAAUUUCUUAGCUGAUUUCUAUAAUAAUUCUCGACUUCAUCAUCUAUCCACCAUGGCGACUAUGUUCAAAGAUUAUGUCAUUAAAUUGACGCAGAAGCCUCGUGAUGAUUCAGGUAAAAUUAUGUUCAAAAAGUAUUUACUUGAACAAAAGGCGUCAGGUGAACUCCAUAGCCCAUCAGCUGCUACACCUUCUCUUCAAGCAACUCCCAAUGGACGCGAUGCCUUUGAUGACUCCAGCCAGGUGUCGGAAGCUAAGAUGCCACAGCCAUCAGACCGCAUAAUAAUGCACAUAGAUAUGGAUUGUUUCUUCGUGUCAGUUAGCCUUAGAAAUCGGCCAGACCUGCUGGGCAAGCCGGUCGUUGUAACUCACGCUAAAGGCAAUCGGGCUAAUAAACGACCUGGUGCUGACAUUCAUGCUGAAUUUAAAUUAUACAGAGAACGACAACAAACUAAGCAAAGGCGCCAAAAUAUAGACGAUAAAAUUGCGAACAAGCUUGGAAGGCUUAAUUCAUUUGAAACGAUAACGUCCAAUGUAAAGAAUCGCAUAUCAGAAGAUAAAAACUCUAAUAAUAUAGAUGAAGGCUUUGAUGAUUGGGAUGACUAUUCAGAGCUAGACGAGGCUUCUAUUCUCAAAGCAUUUGAACACACGGAGGAGAAUCACCUGGCUGACAACCAAGAAUUAAUUGAUGCAGAAAAAUUCAAAGCAAAAACUGAUGGAGAUGAAACUUUUAUUAAAUCCGAUAACCGACGAACGACUCUAUUAGACUCGUCGAGCUCUCUGUCAGAAAUUGCAUGCUGCAGCUACGAGGCACGCAAGGCUGGAGUAUCUAACGGGAUGUUCCUGGGGGCAGCUCUGAAGCUUUGCCCUGACCUACACACCAUCCCUUAUGACUUCGAGGGCUACAAACAAGUGUCCUUCCAACUCUAUGAUAUCGUGGCCAGCUAUAGUCGCAGCAUUGAGGCCGUGAGUUGUGAUGAACUGUACGCUGACGUUAGCGACAUCAUCAGGGAGCUGCGCGACAGCCACGGUGCCACACCUUCCCUCCUUGCCGCCUGCAUCCGAGAUCACGUCACACGGGUGACCAAAUGUGGGUGCUCAGCGGGCCUAGGCUCAUCCAAACUCAGCGCCCGCCUUGCCACCAAACUCGCCAAGCCGCAGGGCCACGUCUACCUCGACGGUGUCGCGCUGCAGCACCACCUCAAAAGUCUGCCGCUGCGGGAUCUGCCGGGCGUUGGCAGGAACCUAAGCGAGCGGCUGCGAGAGGCCGGCGCUGUGACCUGCGGCGACUUGCGCAGCUGGUCACACGGCAGACUUAGCGCCGUGUGUGGCCGCCGCACGGCCGCGACGCUCCUUAGCUUCUGCAACGGCAUCGACGAUCGUCCCGUCAUCUCGCACCACAUCCGCAAGUCAGUCUCGGCGGAAGUGAACUAUGGCAUAAGAUUUGAAACCGAAGUGGAUGCCAGGGAUUUCCUUGGCCAACUGUGCGAAGAAGUUUCACAGCGACUGAGAUCCAUUGAUGUAAAAGGCCGAUGUAUUUCCCUCAAGCUGAAGGUUCGCUCGAAAGAAGCCUCUCGGGAGACAGCAAAAUUCAUGGGGCACGGCGUGUGUGACAAUAUAACGAAGAGCGUCCCCCUGACUCGGCCCACGGAUGACGCGCAAGUUCUGCUGCAGGAGACGUUAAAGUUGCUGGCUCAGAUUAAGGUGGCCUGGUGUGACUUCAGAGGUGUUGGUAUCCAAGUAUCAAAGCUGGAGAAAAAUAAAGCAUGUGCUGUAGAAGAUAAAACUGCAAUCAUGAGGUUUUUAGUGAAGCAAAAGAAGGAUGACAAGGUUACUGAGCCUGGUGUGAAAAUUGAUACCAUAGGGAAACAAGACGAAAUUGAGCGGGUUGCUAGGCCCAGCGCAAAAUCAGUAAUAAAUCUAAUAAAUAAUUCCAAAAAUAUCUCGUCUGGAUUAACUGAAUCAAAAGUUCUUGACGUUGAUGUGCUAUUGGCUUUACCGUCGGAUUUGCGACAGCAAAUCAUUGCGGAAUAUGAACAACAAGGAUACACUAUACCAGUUGUAGCAAACCACUGUCGUUUGGCGCCAGACACUUUUGACAUCUCCGAGGAUGUACGUCUUGAUACAAAUGACAUCGAAAAUAAAAUUUCGAAUUCCGGUUCAAGUCAAGCUGGCCCUUCCGGAUACAAGCCUGAAAAUUUACGAACUGAGGUUGAAAUGCUUGACACUAAAAUAGAAAAAACUGGCUACCGUGCACAAUCUUCCAACGUCCAUCAGAGUAUGAAUGGAGAGACUUUGAUGCGUGAUGUUUCAGCUGCAGCAUCUGCAGGUCCCGAGGUGUUAGAUGACGAUUUUUCUGUUGCUUCUGACGAGCUUCUCAAUAUGUCCCCCAGAGGUCCCGAAGACGAACGAGACGAUGAAAAUCUCAUCAAUCAAUCUCAAAUUGAUUCGAGUUUCCUUCAAGCUCUCCCUGAAGAAUUACAGGAAGAAAUGAAACGGGAUUAUCAGCGUCAGAAAAAAGUCUUGCACGGACUAACAUCACCGAGGAAGACUAUAGGGCCCGAAGCGGUGGCUAGCACCUCAGUCAGGGCUGAGAUCAGUCCUUUGCGACCGCGUGGGGAAGGCCAGCAGUCUGGCCUGUGGUCGCUUUCCCCUCGCAAAGCGGCUGGGAAAAACGUCGCCUCGCCCAACAAACGAGGAAGACGGCGAGGUCGACCGCCCAAAUGUGACACGCGAAGAAUAGGCUCGAGUAUCCAGCAAAAAAGCGUCGUGAGAGGAGGAAUGGCUAGCAACGAAAUCGCGCUUCUAGCAAUCCCUUCUGUGUGCAACGAAGCUUCUUGCUUCGGAAUUGAAGGAAAUAGCUCUCCUUUGCUCAAUGAUGAGUCGUGUGACAGUGCGCUUCCUGUGACCGAGGGCCAAAAGCCUUCACUGUGUGGGGAGACGGAUCUUCCCUCAGUCCGGAACCUCAUCAAAGAAUGGCUCUGUUCGACUCCCGCCCCAAGUGAAGAAGAUGGGCAAAUUCUGAGCACAUACUUCUGCGGGCUGGCGGCCGCCAAGCAGCUCGAAAUGCUCGACUGUCUCCUGAAGUUACUUUAUAGGAAAAUCGGCUGCAUGGCUGCUGAAGGCGCAGCGUGGCGGGCCACGUACCGCAGUCUAGUCGAAGACCUGCAGCGAGUGAUGGUGCGCGAGUAUGGGGCUCCUCUUCAAGUUCAGCUCUUCUCUUGAUAACCACAUGUCCUCCUUGGAGUCAGUGACUCGUACUAGAAACUGCACCGACGGCCGCGCUGUGAACUUCGUAACAGCGUAAGAAAAGCUACAUCGAAUAAUCUUCUCGGCUUACUUGGGGGAACCAACAACUCGCUGUUCCAUUCUCGGUGCCGUUCACCAAUCGACAAUUGCGAGAUUAAAGACGACUGUGAUAAACUGUGAUAUUACCUAUGGCAAAAUUUAUUUUUGAUACUUUUAGUCACUUAUGGAGACUAGACUGCCCCCAAGUGUAAUUUUCUUAUGCUCCAUUCGUGUUAGGAUUAGUUAGGAUUAAGAAGGGCGUGUUUGCCAACUUCGUGGUACAAUUGUAAUAGAUGUGUUACAUCACCCGUAUCGAUAAAGCUCAAUUGAAAUGGCAAACAUUGAACAGUUAGACUUAGAACGAAAAUUUUCGUUGAAAAAGGCGUUAUUUUUCAUUGCUUUGUACCUGCAAUACGCACCUCAUAUAUGUGCUUCACUUCUUAAAAUUCUGAAUGUGUAAAAAAUGUGGAUACCGUUGGUCUAAGGCUCCAGGCAUUCGUACCAGACGUCUUCAUUGUCCACCAGCCCGUGCAUGAAUGCUUAACAAGGAACAGUAAAACUACAUAUUUUCCUUGCAUUUGUAACUUGCAAUAUAAAAUUUAACAUUGAAGUUGGACUCCACAAUUAGUUCCCGCAUUUAAGCUACCAUGUCGGCGUUGUUCAGCUUGUAGGCGCAACAGGUAUUAAUUAAGGCAGCUUAGAAUUAGUACAAUACACGACGCUGGUCAAGUCUGGAUCAUCACUGAAGCAUACGUUAAGAGUUACUGUUUACGACAAAUAAAAACUAAAAUUAAACUAGC